CCUUCAUUUUUUGCAGGAUCUUUCCGCAAUGAUGGCUUGAAAGCUGCUGAUGUCCUUCCCAUACUAAAGGAAAAGGUGGCCUUUGUUUCAGGCGGUCGUGAUAAACGAGGAGGUCCCAUCCUGACAUUUCCAGCACGCAGCAAUCAUGACAGAAUAAGGCAGGAAGAUCUUCGGAAACUUGUGACUUACUUGGCUAGCGUACCAAGUGAAGAUGUCUGCAAACGUGGUUUCACAGUCAUCAUCGAUAUGAGGGGAUCUAAGUGGGACCUGAUCAAACCUCUCCUGAAGACUCUUCAGGAGGCCUUUCCUGCAGAAAUUCAUGUUGCCCUGAUAAUCAAGCCUGAUAACUUUUGGCAGAAGCAGAAGACAAAUUUUGGAAGUUCAAAAUUUAUCUUUGAGACAAGCAUGGUCUCCGUUGAAGGUUUAACAAAACUGGUUGAUCCCUCCCAACUAACGGAAGAGUUUGAAGGAACUCUGGAUUACAAUCAUGAUGAAUGGAUAGAGUUGAGAGUUUCCUUGGAAGAAUUUUUCAAUAGUGCCAUCCAUUUAUUAUCCAGGCUGGAGGACCUUCAGGAAAUGCUGGCUAGGAAAGAAUUUCCAGUGGAUGUGGAGGGUUCAAGAAGACUAAUAGACGAACAUACCCAGCUCAAGAAGAAAGUAAUCAAAGCUCCAGUGGAAGAAUUGGACCGUGAAGGUCAACGAUUAUUACAAUGCAUAAGAUGCAGUGAUGGUUUCUCUGGUAGGAACUGCAUUCCUGGCAGUGCAGAUUUCCAAAGUCUUGUGCCAAAGAUUACCAGCCUUUUAGAUAAGCUGCAUUCAACACGACAGCACUUGCAUCAGAUGUGGCAUGUCCGUAAGCUGAAACUCGAUCAGUGCUUUCAACUUCGACUUUUUGAACAAGAUGCAGAAAAGAUGUUUGAUUGGAUCAGCCAUAACAAAGAGUUGUUCCUGCAGAGUCACACUGAAAUUGGAGUGAGCUAUCAACAUGCCCUUGAUUUACAGACACAACAUAACCAUUUUGCUAUGAAUUCCAUGAAUGCCUACGUGAAUAUAAAUCGCAUCAUGUCCGUUGCAUCCAGGCUUUCAGAGGCUGGCCAUUAUGCAUCUCAACAAAUUAAGCAGAUUUCCACACAGCUAGAUCAAGAGUGGAAGAGCUUUGCUGCAGCACUGGAUGAGCGUAGCACUAUCCUGGCCAUGUCUGCUGUGUUUCACCAGAAGGCUGAACAGUUUCUGUCUGGUGUAGAUGCCUGGUGCAAAAUGUGCAGUGAAGGAGGUCUCCCCUCGGAAAUGCAAAACCUGGAAUUGGCCAUCCAUCAUCAUCAGUCUCUUUAUGAACAGGUCACUCAGGCUUACACUGAGGUAAGUCAGGAUGGAAAAGCUUUACUGGAUGUCCUGCAACGUCCCUUGAGUCCUGGAAACUCAGAAUCCCUCACUGCCACAGCAAAUUAUUCCAAGGCUGUUCACCAAGUUUUAGAUGUGGUCCAUGAGGUCUUACAUCACCAGCGGCGCUUGGAGAGCAUCUGGCAACACAGGAAGGUUCGGUUACAUCAGCGGCUUCAACUUUGUGUUUUCCAGCAAGAUGUUCAGCAGGUCCUGGACUGGAUUGAAAACCAUGGGGAGGCCUUUCUUAGUAAACACACUGGAGUGGGGAAGUCUCUUCACAGAGCACGAGCUCUUCAGAAAAGGCAUGAUGAUUUUGAAGAAGUAGCACAGAAUACCUAUACUAAUGCGGACAAGCUACUAGAAGCAGCAGAGCAACUGGCUCAAACUGGGGAGUGUGAUCCCGAAGAGAUCUACAAAGCAGCACGGCAUCUAGAAGUGCGGAUUCAGGACUUUGUUCGGAGAGUGGAACAGAGGAAGCUUCUUCUGGAUAUGUCUGUCUCCUUCCACACCCAUACCAAAGAGCUGUGGACAUGGAUGGAAGACCUGCAGAAGGAGCUCUUGGAAGACGUUUGUGCUGACUCCGUAGAUGCCGUUCAGGAACUCAUAAAGCAGUUCCAGCAGCAGCAAACAGCUACUCUGGAUGCCACUCUCAAUGUCAUCAAAGAAGGGGAAGAUCUAAUCCAGCAGCUCAGAGAUUCAGCGGUCUCUAACAAUAAAACACCACAUAAUAGUUCCAUCAGCCACAUUGAAUCUGUCCUCCAGCAGCUUGAUGAAGCUCAGGUGCAGAUGGAAGAGCUGUUCCAUGAGAGAAAAAUUAAGCUGGAUAUCUUUCUUCAACUCCGGAUUUUUGAACAGUACACUAUUGAGGUGACCGCUGAAUUAGAUGCCUGGAAUGAGGAUUUACUACGUCAAAUGAAUGAUUUCAACACCGAGGAUCUCACCUUGGCUGAACAACGUCUGCAGCGGCAUACAGAGAGGAAGCUGGCUAUGAACAAUAUGACCUUUGAGGUCAUUCAGCAAGGACAAGAUUUGCACCAGUACAUCAUGGAAGUGCAAGCUUCAGGCAUUGAGCUGAUAUGUGAAAAGGACAUCGAUCUAGCAAUCCAAGUGCAAGAGCUGCUGGAAUUCCUUCAUGAGAAACAGCACGAGUUGGAGCUGAAUGCUGAUCAGACGCACAAACGGCUUGAGCAGUGCCUUCAGCUUCGGCACCUGCAAGCAGAGGUUAAGCAGGUCCUUGGCUGGAUCCGUAAUGGAGAAUCAAUGCUCAACGCCAGUCUUGUCAAUGCAAGUUCCCUGUCAGAGGCUGAGCAGCUCCAGAGAGAGCAUGAACAGUUUCAGCUGGCCAUAGAGUCCCUCUUUCAUGCCACUUCCUUGCAGAAGACGCACCAGAGUGCCCUCCAGGUACAGCAGAAGGCAGAGGUGUUACUGCAGGCCGGCCAUUACGAUGCUGAUGCCAUCCGGGAAUGUGCGGAAAAAGUGGCCUUACAUUGGCAGCAGCUCAUGCUAAAGAUGGAGGAUCGGCUGAAACUGGUUAAUGCCUCUGUUGCUUUCUAUAAAACUUCAGAGCAGGUUUGCAGUGUGCUGGAGAGUUUGGAGCAAGAAUAUCGAAGAGACGAAGACUGGUGUGGAGGUCGGGAUAAGCUGGGACCAUCCUCUGAGAUAGAUCAUGUUAUCCCUUUAAUCAGCAAACAUCUGGAACAGAAGGAAGCCUUUCUUAAGGCCUGCACACUAGCACGAAGGAAUGCAGAAGUGUUUCUCAAGUACAUUCAUCGAAACAACGUCAGCAUGCCAGGAGUAGUGAGCCAUACCAGGGGCCCUGAACAGCAAGUGAAAGCCAUUCUGAGUGAGCUGCUGCAGAGGGAAAAUCGUGUUCUUCACUUCUGGACUUUGAAGAAAAGGCGACUGGAUCAGUGUCAGCAAUAUGUAGUCUUUGAGCGCAGUGCAAAGCAGGCUUUGGAUUGGAUUCAGGAAACUGGAGAAUAUUAUCUCUCUACUCACACUUCCACUGGAGAAUCAGCAAAUGAAACACACGAGCUUUUGAAAGAAUAUGGAGAAUUCAAAGUACCUGCCAAGCAAACUAAGGAGAAAGUAAAGCUUCUCAUUCAGCUGGCCGAUAGCUUUGUGGAGAAAGGACACACACACGCCACAGAAAUUAGGAAAUGGGUUACUACAGUUGACAAGUGCUAUCGGGAUUUUUCACUGAGAAUGGGGAAGUACCGCUACACUUUGGAAAAAGCUCUUGGGAUCAAUACAGAGGAUAAUAAAGACCUGGAGUUGGACAUCAUUCCAGCAAGUCUGUCUGAUCGUGAAGUAAGGCUACGUGAUGCCAGUCAUGAAGCCAAUGAAGAAAAGAGAAAGUCAGCCAGAAAAAAAGAGUUCAUCAUGGCUGAAUUGCUUCAGACCGAGAAGGCUUAUGUUAGGGACCUGCAUGAAUGUUUAGAGACCUACCUUUGGGAAAUGACAAGUGGAGUAGAGGAGAUACCACAAGGGAUUCUGAACAAGGAACACAUAAUAUUUGGAAACAUCCAGGAGAUAUAUGACUUUCAUAACAAUAUUUUUUUGAAAGAACUGGAAAAAUACGAACAACUUCCUGAAGAUGUUGGUCACUGCUUUGUCACCUGGGCGGAUAAGUUUCAGAUGUAUGUUACCUACUGUAAAAACAAACCUGAUUCCAGCCAAUUGAUCCUAGAGCAUGCAGGAACAUUCUUUGAAGAAAUUCAACAAAGGCAUGGUCUGGCCAACUCCAUUUCCUCAUAUUUGAUCAAGCCUGUCCAGAGGAUUACAAAGUAUCAACUUUUAUUAAAGGAGCUUUUAACAUGCUGUGAAGAAGGAAAAGGAGAGCUCAAGGAUGGUUUGGAAGUGAUGCUUAGUGUUCCCAAGAAAGCCAAUGAUGCCAUGCAUGUAAGCAUGCUGGAAGGAUUUGAUGAAAAUUUGGAUGUUCAGGGAGAACUGAUUCUUCAGGAUUCAUUCCAAGUAUGGGAUCCCAAAUCUCUCAUCCGGAAGGGUCGUGAGAGACAUUUGUUUCUCUUUGAAAUCUCUCUAGUUUUUAGCAAAGAGAUAAAAGAUUCUACAGGACAUACUAAAUAUGUUUACAAGAACAAAUUACUGACCUCAGAAUUGGGAGUAACAGAGCAUGUGGAAGGUGAUCCAUGCAAGUUUGCCUUAUGGUCUGGACGGACUCCCUCUUCGGAUAACAAAACAGUGUUAAAAGCAACCAGUAUUGAAACUAAACAAGAAUGGAUUAAAAAUAUUCGAGAAGUGAUACAAGAAAGAAUGAUACAUUUAAAAGGAGCUUUGAAAGAGCCAAUCCAGCUCCCCAAAACCCCAGCCAAGCAAAGGAACAACAGUAAGAGAGAGGGAGGAGAAGAUGCCGACAGCCAAGGAGAUGGAAGCAGUCAGCCUGACACGAUUUCAAUUGCAUCCAGGACUUCUCAGAAUACAGUAGACAGUGACAAGCUGUCUGGAGGAUGUGAACUAACUGUGGUGCUGCAAGACUUUGUUGCCAGUCACAUCAGUGAACUGAGUAUUCAGGUGGGACAGACGGUGGAGUUACUCGAAAGGCCAAGUGAACGGCCAGGCUGGUGCCUGGUACGGACCACAGAAAGGAGUCCACCUCAAGAAGGUCUGGUCCCCAGCAGUGCUCUCUGCAUCUCCCAUUCCCGGAGCAGUGUAGAAAUGGACUGCUUCUUCCCAUCAGGAAAAGACUCUAUAAGCCACAGUUCAAAAUUUGAAAAUGUUUUCAAAUCUGAUUCUGUGGCUAAUUUACAGCCCCACACGUCCCUUACCAUCCAGAGCUCCCCUGGUCCAAAGCGUUCAACCAACACCCAAAAAUGGCUGACGAGCCUGUACGUCGGCUGAACAGUGGGAAAGGCUGAGAGCAACAUCAAAAAACAGAAGAAAGUACGUGAAGGAAGGAAGAGCUUUGACAGGACUUCCCCCAAACCUGGAGAUGAAACCACGCCUCAGGGACUGACAGUGCCGAUGACGAGCAAGAAAGGAUGGGGCGAAGAUGAACCAGAUGAAGAAUCUCAUACACCACUUCCUCCUCCAAUGAAGAUUUUUGAUAAUGAUCCUACACAAGAUGAGAUGUCUUCCCUCUUGCUAGCUUCUCGACAGACCAGCCUCUGAUGGCCAACUGCUGCGGAUAUUGUCAGUGCAAUAGAAAAAUGGCUCAAAAGCAAGCUGACAUUGGAAGGGGGCUCCUACCGAGGAAGCUUAAAGGAUAGUACUGGAUGUUUGAAUGAGAUUGUGACACCUUCAACCCCUCCUUCAAGAAACCUCGAAGAGGAACAAAAGGCCAAAGCAAUGAGAGGCAGGGUGUUUGUUCUAAAUGAACUGAUACAAACAGAAAAAGAUUAUGUCAAGGACUUAGGAACUGUGGUGGAGGGAUUUAUGAAAAGAAUAGAGAAAAGGUGUUCGCCUGAAGAUAUGAAAGGUAAAAGACAAGAUUGUGUUUGGAAUACAAUUCACCAGAUCUAUGAUUGGCACAAAGACUUUUUUUUGGCUGAACUGGAAAAGUGCCUUCAGGAACAUGACCGUUUAGCACAGCUCUUCAUCAAACAUGAGAGGCGAUUACACAUGUACGUGGUAUACUGUCAAAACAAGCCAAAAUCAGAAUAUAUAGUAGCUGAAUGUGGUACAUACUUUGAGGAAGUGCAACAAGAAAUAAACCAGCGGUUAACUCUCAGCGACUUCUUAAUUAAGCCCAUUCAAAGAAUAACCAAGUACCAGUUGCUUCUCAAGGGUAUCAUGGUGCUGAGCCUGAUUGCUAUUCAGAAAGGAAAUGUGUACAUGCAUGUCAGUGGAUUUCUGAAAUAUAGUGAAAAGGCUGGAUUGGAUUGCUCGGAGACAGAGAAAGCUGUAGAGUUGAUGUGCCUUGUUCCUAAACGCUGCAAUGACAUGAUGAAUCUGGGGCGACUGCAGGGCUUUGAGGGCAAGCUGGCAGCUCAAGGGAAAUUGUUGCAACAGGAUACAUUCUAUGUAACAGAGCAGGACUCUGGAGGGUUGUCUCGGCCAAAAGAACGCAGAGUUUUCCUCUUUGAGCAAAUAGUCAUCUUUAGUGAACUACUUAGGAAAGGCUCCUUAACACCUGGGUAUCUGUUUAAGCGGAGCAUAAAGAUGACAUAUCUAAUACUUGAGGACAAUGUGGACAACGAUCCUUGCAAAUUUGCUCUCAUGAAUCGGGAAACAUCAGAACGGUUCAUAUUGCAGUCUGCCAAUCCUGAAAUCCAGCAAGCUUGGGUACUGGAUAUCAAUCAAGUACUUGACACACAGAGAGACUUCUUAAAUGCAUUACAAUCUCCAAUAGAAUAUCAGCGGAAAGAAAGCAGCAGCUCAGCUGUAAUGAGACCCCAGACCAGCCGGGCACCUCAGCCCAUCACCAGACCCUAUUCCUCAGGACCUGUAGGAUCUGAUAAAACUUCAAAGGCUACAAUGCGCAACCCAUCUCUUCCACCUCUGAAGAUAUCUACCUCCAAUGGUAACACAGGGCAUGAACAGCACCAGCCUGAGGACAGAUAUGAACAGAACAAGAAUGACUUGAGUGGGUGCAAUGGAACCUCUUCUAUGGUGGUCAUCAAAGAUUACUAUGCAUUAAAGGAGAAUGAAAUCUGUGUCAACCAGGGUGAAGUGGUCCAAGUACUUGCCAUUAACCAGCAGAACAUGUUCCUUGUAUACCAGCCUGCCAAUGACCACUCACCAGCAGCAGAAGGAUGGAUCCCAGGGAAUAUCUUGGCUCCCCUCACUAAAUCAACUACAGAUAGUAGCGACGGAAGCAUAAAGAAGUCAUGUUCAUGGCAUACCCUGCGCAUGAGAAAGCGGGCGGAAAAGGAAAGCAGUGGCAAAACGGAAGCCAAUGGCCUACGUAUACCCAAGGAUAUUCUGGGCAACAAAGUCUCUGUUAAAGAGACAAACAGUUCAGAAGAGUCAGAAUGUGAUGACCUUGACCCCAACACUAGCAUGGAGAUCAUCAACCCAAAUUUCAUCCAGGAAGUUGCUCCUGAGUUUCUCGUGCCCUUAGUGGAUGUCACUUGCUUGCUUGGAGACACCGUAAUGUUGCAGUGCAAAGUCUGUGGGCGUCCCAAACCAACCAUCACCUGGAAAGGACCAGAUCAAAACAUGCUUGACAAUGACAGCAGCACCACUGCCAUUACAGUUACCUCCUGUGAAUCAGGUGACAUUACCCUAAAGAUCUGCAAUGUGAUGCCUCAGGACAGUGGCAUUUACACCUGCGUGGCCACAAAUGAACUUGGAACAGCAUCCACAUCAGCAACAAUCAAAGUACAAGGGGUUCCAGCUGCCCCAAAUCGCCCUAUUGCUCAGGAAAGAAGUUGCACUUGGAUUCUCCGCUGGCUGCCUCCAUCCAGCACAGGCAACUGUACCAUUUCAGGCUACACAGUAGAGUACAGAGAAGAAGGGUGCAAACAUUGCUCCCAGGUCUGGCAGCAGUCUGUUGCCUCAACUUUGGACACCUACCUCGUUAUUGAAGACCUCAUGCCUGGCUGUCAGUACCAGUUCCGGGUCAGUGCCAGCAAUCCCUGGGGAAUUAGUUUACCCAGCGAGGCCUCUGAAUUUGUGAAACUCCCGGAAUAUGACUCUGCAGCGGAUGGUGCUACCAUUACUUGGAAAGAGAAUUUUGAUUUUGCCUAUACAGAGCUGAAUGAAAUUGGACGGGGGCGAUUUGCUGUCGUAAAGAAAUGUAUUCACAAAGCCACAAGGAAGGAUGUUGCAGUGAAGUUUGUCAAUAAAAAAAUGAAAAAGAAAGAGCAGGCAGCACAUGAAGCAGCCAUGUUGCAGCACCUACAACAUCCUCAGUAUAUCACCAUUCAUGACACUUAUGAGUCGCCAUCUUCCUAUAUAUUAGUUUUAGAACUGAUGGACGAUGGCCGCCUCUUGGAUUAUCUUAUGAAUCAUGAUGAACUGAUGGAGGAAAAAAUAGCUUUUUAUAUAAGAGAUACGAUGGAAGCUUUACAAUAUCUUCACAAUUGUCGAGUUGCUCAUCUGGAUAUAAAGCCAGAAAAUUUGCUGAUUGAUUUACGGAUCCCAGUGCCACGUGUUAAGUUAAUUGACCUUGAAGAUGCUGUUCAAAUCACAGGCCAUUACCAUGUCCAUCAUCUGCUUGGAAACCCGGAAUUUGCUGCUCCAGAAGUUCUCCAAGGGGCUCCAGUGUCCCUGGGCACUGAUAUCUGGAGUCUGGGAGUGCUCACCUACGUCAUGUUGAGUGGCGUUUCCCCCUUUCUGGAUGAAAGCAGGGAGGAGACAUGCAUCAAUGUGUGCCGAGUAGAUUUCAGCUUUCCCCACGAGUACUUUUGCGAUGUAAGCCAUGCUGCCAAAGAUUUCAUCCACGUGAUCCUUCAGGAAGAUUUCAGGAGGAGACCUACUGCUGCCACUUGCUUGCAACACCCGUGGCUGCAGUUUCACAAUGGCAGCUAUUCCAAAAUACCUCUGGAUACCUCACGCCUGGCGACUUUCAUUGAACGCCGCAAACACCAGUUUGAUGUGCGCCCCGUUCCCAACGUGAAGAGCUUCAUUAUGAGCAGAAUGAACCCAGGAACGUAACACAAUACAACUGUGGUAACAAUGACGGAGCGCUACAGCGGGUGAAAAUGGAGAAAGCAGAUUCACUGCAACUUUUCCUCUAUGUACAGAGUAUUACAUUUGAUGUGAUUGUUGAGGAAAGUGUGUACUGUUUCAGCAGUUACAUUAUCUAAGUAGUUAGAAUUAGACGCUUUCUCAGGUUGCCUCAGCUGCAACGUCUUGAGGGGGAUUUGUUGUAAUUACAUGGUCAUGUUCAAUAAGAUGGCAUCAGUCAAAAACGGGAAUCAAAACACAGUUAUCUUAUUUCUGAAAGAUUUGAAGAUCUUCAACCAUCUGAAAGAUCUAGGCAGUUUUGCUAAUUAUAUGAAUAGUUGAGUGAUGUAUCUGAAAUUCAAUCAAAAAUUGGAAAAAACAAAACUAAGUGACUAUUUAUAGUCAACAAUUCUUAAACUGGAGUGGAUAAAUAUUGGCUUCUGUGAAAAUUGCUAUCCUUGUGUUAAUUAAGGAUCAGAGCUUUCCUGUAAGGCAGAUUUCAUUAAUCUUGAACUAGAAUUAAGCUUGUGGUAAGUGUGCUAUACUUGAGAUUCACAGUAAUACUGAAGUGAUAGAUAAGUGGCAUUGAUCAAGAUAUCAGCAGAUCAUUGCCAAUAAGUCCUCUUGGGAUGCCACACUUUGUUUUGUUCAACAUUAACUUACUAGAAGGUAGCAGUGUGCUACUAACAAGAUGGUAAAGUAAUUGAGACAUCAAAAACAUUUAGAUGAAGCACAAAAAGGUGAUUUUUUUAAAAAUUAAAGUUUUAUAGCUCUUGUACAGAAAACUUUUGUUGAGAAAAAGCUAUCUUAAAAUAAGUGCUGUAUCUGUAAACUAGAUGUCAAAGACUUUUUCUAUUUGAAGAAUGUUUGUUGAAUCCUCAUAUUCUCUGUAACCUAAAAAGGAUCUUAUUUCCCUUCCACUUAUAAAAGUUGCUCAGUUGUGAAUUCAAGCCAAAGUUGGCCAAAGUGUGGUAAACAUAGUCGGUCCAUCAUUAUGCUUAUGGCUCUGAAAUUGGUCUUAGUACAUAAGGCUAAUAGUUUACUAUGACUGUAUGCAUUUACCUUCUUUGCUCCAUUUCUCAAAUAUGUUUUUUUUGUUUAAUCCCAAAGCAUAGUAUGAAGCAACUCAAUGAUAAUAUUAAAAAUCAUUGCAAUCAAUAUUACUUUCUGAUUAGCCAAGGAGCCCACAGUGUGACAGCCCUUUAACAACCAUGUCAAAUUAAGUGUUUUUGAAAUAAUAGUUCCAGGCUGAAGUGUUCUUUCAUUAUCUUUGUAAAACCAUUCCAACACUGAACACCCCAAGAGUAUUUUAAUACAGUUAAUGAAUUAUUCAUGGCCUUGCUGUAUGACAUUCUUUAGAAGUCAAAUCAAUCAAAACAUCCAUCUGGUUUUCCCCACUCCUUUUCCCACUUCCCCAACAAUUAAUGUCCUGCAUGCCUUAGGGUAGGCUGAUUUAUUUAGUGAUUAUCAGCAGAUAUGAUGGUUGCUACUUCUUACAUGCAGAGAUAAUGGGCUCCUCUUGUUGGAUCACAAAGUGUCAAUGAUUUGAGGGUGUCCUUUCACUACUUGUGAUAUAAAAAGCUCCUGGUACAAUACUUUCAAGGCCAAAUGUAUUGUUUAGCUAAAAGAUAAAAUAAAUCUCAUCAUUCUGGGAAAAAGCAAGGAAUAAUUUAAGCUUUCAUCCUUGGCAAGACGAUACAGAUAACUGGUUUUCCAAAUAAAUGCAUAACUCCAUGACAAGCUGACAUUUGGUAACUAUUUGUAUUCUGUCAGUGGUGCCAGAGCCCACAAGAUAGAGUACUCUUGUACAAUUGAAAGUUGGGGGUGGGGGAGGAAAAAAGAACUGGCAACAGUUCUUGCAAUUUUAUCAUGAAUACUGUGAAAGAGAAUUGUGGAAGACAGACUCAAUUCCUAAAGAAAAUGUGGGGCAAAGAUAAUACAGAGUGAGAUUUCUGUUCUGCAAUGAGCACUGCUACUUUUCUCCUUAUUCUUUUCCAGGAGUGAUUAAGUAUCAAUAUAUUUUUUUUGGCUUAAAAGGAUUGGGCCUGGGGUCAAGAAUACCAAAACAGGAAGAACUCUAAAACUUUAACAUGUUAGAUUUCAUGGGUUGGAUUAAUAUAUUUUUUUAAAUUGUACCAGCGGAUUAGUGAGCAAAGUUCUAUCUCAAAGGUUUCUGCCACAGAAAGGUGUGUGACUCUUGCUGAUUCCACACUUUGUCUAGGGCAAAGCUUAUAGUGUUGUUUCUUUAACACUACUAUUGUUUUUUUCCAGGGGUUUCCGCCAUCUUGUGAAAUAGGAUUUUUUUUUUUCAGGGGAGAAAUGGAAUUGGGGGGAAAUGGGGAUAGAUUUUCUUCCCUACUCUUCUGAUAGAAACUCUUUAGUGGGUUCAAAGUCUCCUCUUUAAUUAAGGAAUUUAUAAAUUCAAACAAAGACCCUAUCAUCUAUUUCAGACAGAAGAAUCUCAGUCUAUUAACAUUUUGAACCAAGAUCCUAGUCCGAUCCCAUUUUAUCUAUUUUAUUUUUUAGAGAGCCUACUUCAUUUUUUUCAGACAUUGGGAAAUAAUAUGCCUUAAGAACCAAGAACACAUUCUCCAAAUGAAGAAAGGGAAAUUAGAAGGAUUAAAUUCCCAGGCACACAGGCCAUCUUGUCUGAACUGGCAGAAUAUUGGGGCUAUGAUAGCCUCCAUCCCAAAGGCAUUUGCAGUUUUUCUUGGAGAUUCCCUCUCUUGCAUCUUGUUUUACUUGGUGCAUGCUCUUUACAAUUAACAGAAAUAAUGGUUUUGUAAGACUCAUGUCAUGCUUAAUAAUAAUUCUAAAUCAAAUUAACAGGGCUAUUUCCCUAAUAUUUUCCCUUUUCCUACCAAACUUCUCCAAACAAGUGCUACAAAUGUUUUUUCCACCUUGCUUCACUAGAUAAGUAAUAAUCAAUACAGGAAAGCAGAACAAACAGUACAGAAAAUGAUGUUAGGAGGUGGGGCUAUUAAGUAUAUAUAUAGAGUGCCUUUGCUAGGAAAAAAAAGGCAAAGCCCUUUUCCUUUAAAUACAAGAUGUUCAUUUUUUUCAUAAUUCAUUACACACACACACACACACACACACGAACCUUGUUGUACUUAAUAUCAAAGCAACCAUCAUAUGUUGCAAUGCUGCCAUAAUAUGGAAUGUAAGAUAAGAUCAAUUCCUUGUUGCCUUUAGCAACUAUUUCUAAAAGGCACUGACAAUCAUCUAAAAGUGUGGCACGUGGGGCUCAGGUAAAAACGAAAGCCACGAUUCAACUGAAGUUGGAUCCUAAAAUCACACCUAUUCCUUUUCUUAAGAUCUAUGCUGCACUGCUAAUAUAUUUACUAAUGAGUAAGUCUAGCUGAAAACAAUGCCACAUAUUUCCAAGUAAAGGUAUAUUUAAAAAUGUGGCACAUUAUGGGGAAUUUUUACUAGACCUGAAACAAUUUAACAAAAGCCCCACCAUUUUAUUUAUGGAUGCAAUUUGUUUAAAUCUCCUUUCUUCAAGCUGUGGUAGCCAUUAGAUUCACAAUUGCGAACCUGCGUAUCCAAUUCUGCUACUCUAUAUUUACAUCGAUCAGAUGUUCACAAAUGCUCCCAAUUUGAGUCUUUAAUGUGUGAUUCUUUUAAAAAAAAGUACAGCUUUUAUACAGAGUAGUUUGCUAUGAUUUUUUGCUGAAAUCACUGCAAGCAAACGUUGGGAUAAACCCUGGUGAUAUUGUGACUGGUGUUUCAUAGAAUAAGCAUAAAUUGUGACACAAAUCAGACAGUUGACUAAGAUAUUAAAAAAACUGUUACUUCAAAGGGCUCUGUAAUGUGGAUGUAAAACCUAUCUAGUCCAAAUACCUUUUUUUUUGCAUCAGAUGCUACACAAAUAAAAGAGGCGGGGAGGUUUUUUUUUAAAGCCCAUCUGUCAAAAUAUGAAAAUCUCAUUUUGUGAGACAAUGUUAGCAAAGUAGUUUGAGACUGGCUGCGAAUGGAUGUGUUAUUCUGGCCCUUAUUCAGUGUCUUGGAUCUGCCUGGCACAGCUACAUGUUCUUUCUUAAAGAACCUCUGAUUGAUUGCAUGUGGUCAAGUGGGGCUAGUAAUGAUUUGGGUCCUUUAGAAUAAAGCUCAAAACGGCUGUACACCAUUGGAAUCUCAAAAUAUUCUGAAAGUGCCAUUUCCAUGGACCUUUUUUUCUUUCCUAUUCAUUUCGAGCAUCUAUGAUUCAUCAGAUGAUGGUGCUUUCUCAGCAAAAUUAAAUCAGACGCACCCCUUUUCCUCCUAAAUACUUGUUCUAAAAUCAUUAUAUUAAUGAUUAUCAACAUAAUGUCAGGAUUAGUUGGGUUAUUUAUACUUUCAAAAUAGCAAAACUCUUGUUCUAUUUAAGCCAUAUUUUACAUUCUAUUUUUAUGUGCUAGUGUUUUAAUCAGCUCUUUGUAUUUUGCUAGCAAAUUAUUCUGAUUUUGUCCACGUGACUCCACAAUAGACAUAUAUUCUGUCAUGUGAAGAACAUUACAUGACAUUUCCAUAUUUACUUAGUAGUAAGCCCCAAUGAAUUCAAAGAUGAACAGUAUGAGUACAGUCCUACAAACAUUCUGGUGUAUGACUCAUUCAACUCAGUGGGACUUGUUCAUAAAGAGAUAUACAUUGGAUUACACUAUUACUACAAUGGACUUGAAGCUGCUGUGUAAGGUCCCACCAAGUGAGAACUGUAGGAAAGGUAGUAUAAUAAUGGGUUUUUUGUUUUUUUUUGAUUGAGAUAACUACUAUAUACUCGAGUAUAGGC